AUGUCAUUCUGGCCGUUUUCCAACACUUUGAAUAGCACCAAUCAGUUACAAAAGUUUCUAGAUGGUAUACUGGAUUUCUCACUUAUAACGGUAGCUGAUAUCUUUAACGAUGCAGGUCUUCUGCAAGAGUUAAUCAGUGAACUUCAUAAUAUUAAGGGUAGUUACAAAAGUAACGUCAGUAAUUUCCAAUUUCUGCUGCAACUACAGAAUAAUGAAACCCCUAAUACGUUCAACAGUUCAAACUCAGAUGUUGUGUCGUUAACUUCGUCCAAUAACGAUAAUGCUGCUGGUAACACAAAAGAUGCUAGGGGUGUCAAAUUAGUGGAGUUACUUUUACAACCGCAUAUACUAAGUGGAUUCCUUGAUCAUUUAGUGGAUAGUGUCGACUACUAUCAUAAUCAGAACAUAAAAGAGCUUGAAAAAUUAGAAAAUACGGAGAAUGGAGAUGUACAAAUUGACUUAAAAAGUGAAGAUGAAGAAUCAGUUGUGCAACCAGUUGAGGAGCAGGAUGCAGAAGAAAAUGAAGAUGUGAAGAGUGACAAGGAUGAAGAAGAAAAUAAGGAAACAGAAGAUGAAAAGUUUCGUCGUUGUGUUCAGGCCUCAUCUGAUAUCCUCUCUAUAGAUUUAUGGAUUAUACUGAAUAGAAUCAUAGAGACUCCUGCUAUUAUGACCAAAUUGUGGCUGAUUUUAUCUUUGGAGAAUUUAACUGAAAGCAUCCCAACUGUCACAUUUGUAAUCCAUAUUUUAGAUCAACUUAUGGAUACUAAUAGCAUAGAAUUAUUAAACUUUGUGAGGCGACAAGAAAAUCUAGUAGAUACGUUUUUGGCAAAAGUUGAAAUCCCAAUGUUAAUGGAUUUCUUCUUAAGAAUUAUUCAAACGGAUAAACCCCAAUCUCCAACAGGAAUUAUCGAAGUAUUGUCCCAACAAAACAUGAUUCCAAAAUUAAUCGAUAUUUUAAAACCGCAUCCAUCACAGUUUGUUCAGGAUUCAAAAAUUCCAAAUCAAAAUUUAUUUUUCAAGCAAACUGCUAGUACAGACUUCAUUAAAGCUUUGGUCACUAUUUCUUCAAACACUGCAUUGGCUGUUGUAUUGGAAACAAACAUUGGUCCAAACCCGUUAACCAGACAAUUAGUAUCUCCACCAAUAAUCAAGACUAUGAUUAAUGAUAUUAUGUUGUACAGGCCACCAAUCACGGAAGAUGGCCAACAAUAUACCAACAAACAUGGAAUCAGUAAUUGUGUGGGCAUUGUCAUAGAGCUCAUAAGAAAGAAUAAUUCUGAUUAUGAUUUAUAUUGUGGUACAUACAGUGAUAUGGUUCAAAAUGGUGAAAAUGGUCCUGGGGAGGUUAACUCAUUUGUGAUGUUUCAAUGGUUAAAGGAUUUUGACCAGAAUCCACCAGGUCCAAGGGACCCUAUUUAUUUGGGAGAAAUGCUUUCUAUAUUUUCAGAUAGUCUUGAACAAUUUGCUGGAAUCUUGGAUUUAACCCCAAUACCUCCUGCAAAUGUUGAGACUAAUGUUCUUGGAUUUACAAGAUUUAAAAUUUCUGAAUUAGUUGCAGAACUCCUUCAUUGCUCAAACAUGAUAUUGUUAAAUAGCAAAAAAAUUAAAAAGAUCAUUAAGAUUAGAGAUCAUGUUAGGUCUCAACAGACUAAGAGACUUAAGAAAGCAUUAAACGAAACUAUUGAUUUUCCAGAACUUGAUGAAUCAAUUCAUGAUGUUACAAUGGGUUUGGAUGAUGUUUCCCUUGAUGACAUCCAUUUUGAAACAGCCAAUAACGAUACUAUAUUUGGAGAGGGAAACUACAGAAAUAUAAUGGAAUCAUUAGAAACAAUUGAAGAUUCAGAUGAUGAUGAGCCAUCCAUUUCUCCUGAAAAUCCAUUUGUAUGUAAGGAUAGAGAUAGUAUCAUUCGCUCUAACCCAUGUGUUGGUGACUAUUUCAAAAUCAAGUUAAUUGAUCUGAGCAUUUUGGUGGAUAUAAUUUCAAUGUUCACCCAAUUUCCAUGGCAUAAUUUCUUUCAUAAUGUUGUGUUUGAUUUAAUUCAACAAAUUUUUAAUGGUAAAUUAAACUCAUAUAAUUCAUUUUUAAUUGUGGAAUUGUUUAAAAACAACAAAUGCAAUUUGAUUGAUUUGAUUGUUCUGAAAUAUAAGGAAGAUGAAGAACCAAAGCCCGGUUAUAGAGGUCAUUUGAUUCUUAUCAGUGAAGAAGUUGUCAAAUUCACAUCCUUGUAUAAACCAGAUCUUAUUUCUCCAAUCAUUGUCGAAGCCAUUUCGCUUGAAGAAUGGGAUUGGUUCGUUGAAGAAGUUUUAUUGAAGACACGAGAAGUUUAUAAUGUUGUUUUAGGAGCUGAGCCAGAAGAACUUGAAAAUGGAAAAGCUGAAACUGGUGAACCAGGAAGUGGUUUUGAUGCUUCUUCAGUCGGAUAUCUUGAUUUGGAUUCAUAUGAAAACAGUAAUAAAAAUAUCAUAAUUCUUGGAGACAGCUCAAAUCAUGAAUUGUUCAUCAAUGAUAAACUGGCGUUGGAUGCUAAUGGUAAUAUUGAUGAAGAUGAUGAAAACGAAAAUGAAAAUGGUGACUCCAUGGAAGAAUUGGAUAUCCCUGAUAUCAGAAUACAGAAUAUGUCCCCUACCGGUGUACCCAAGAGAAAUGGUAACGAUACAGAUGAAGGUUAUGCUCUGAAUGGUGGGUUUCAAACAGAAUAUCAAGAGAAUGACUUUUUAGAAAAUUUAUCAGGAUCCAGUUCUUCAGAUGAAGAAGAGGAGCAUAGUAAUGAGUUACGAAGAGUACCGAAACACAAUGAAUAA